CCCCAUUCCAGCAAAUUGGGACUCUGUCGCAUUAUCCACAUCUAGCGAUUGAAAGUAUGCUUUGAAAGUCAACUGUUACCCCCUCCGUCCAAUAGUCCUUCUCUUGUCAUCUAUAUCAUGACUCCAGCGCUCCUCUAUUCUACACAAAGCGAUCCAACUCAACAACAAAGUACUCCGGAGGAAGUGGACUGGAGCGAAUCGGAGCUCAACGAACCACGGACAUCAUACAGACAUCACCAGCGUAACACAAAACCUCUCAACUUCGAAGAUACUGAAUCACAACUUGGAUGGGACGGAACUCACCCCGAUCCAGACAGCUAUAGCAGUUAUCAAGAAGCGAGAUUCACCACCGGCCAGGCAGUCCCUUAUCGGCGAGGUUAUCUAGAAGAUUUCGCGGAUCCUUUGCAGCAGAGAGGUCACCCGAAAAGAAAUCCCCCGCCUCAGUAUUUCGGUCCCAACGACCCUCAAGGCUUCGAUCAACAGCCUCAAAUUCCAACAAUGAAUUACCACGGAGUUCCUCCUCAUCCCGGCGCAUAUCCAAUGUAUGCUCCCCCAAUGCGGCCUCAUCCUCCAGCACAUUACCCUGGCGGUCGCAGAAAUUCGAUGGGAGGGCCCCGUCCUAUGGGACUACCUCCUCCACCGAUUGAUCCUUACGGCCCUUACUAUGUACCGCAUCCAGGACCAAUCCAUCCUCAUCCGUACGAUGCUACACCUCGCAGUCAUGCUUUCACCGGCCCCCGCCCGCAGCCUGCUUUUCCAAGCCGCCGUAAAGAUUAUUACACCCAGUACCCCGCACCGCAAGAGUUGUUCGAAGGUCAUCACGCAGAAAGAAGCGUCCCCAAGCCCAAGAAACAGCCUAAGCCAAAGCAGGAGAAAACACACAAACGAAUAACGACAGAUAAUGAACUAGAAGAGAUGAAGAGAGGACUGGAAGAUUUGGAGGUCAGACAACAGCAAGUGCAUAACGAAUUGAAAGCUCAGCAGAAGAGAGAGAAGAAAAAGGCGUCCGAAGCAGCACUGCAAGCCUCCGUGGUCAGACAAGUGAGGAAGACUGUACGAAAAGAGCUCGAAAACGGGGUCAGUGCUCAGUUGAGAGACAUUGACAUGCGCUCAGAACUCAGCAGGCGAAUGCUCCGCUCCGAUGUUGGCUCUAGGGGGUUUUCCACGCCGGUUCCAUCGGUCUAUGAUGAGCGGGAUACUGGCGCCAUUAUUCAAGCUGCUAUCAUGGAAACCUUGAAGGUGGUACAUGGACAGUCGCGGUCAGAUCUCGGAGGCUUCCAAGCUCCUCAUAGACCAACACAUCGACGAGCUGCGUCGGAAGUUCCUUUGUCGGCCGGCGGUUAUCCACCACCAAGGGACUGUGAUACUGCUGCUACUACAUCCAGUAACCCGUUCAUUCCAAACCAGUCACCCUUUGGCCAACCUCCCUACCAGGGGCCCGAUCCGCAACAAAGACAUGCCGGGAAACCUGAAGCCUAUUGGACAGGAAGAGUCAGAAAAUCUCGCACGAGGAGGGAAAGCUAUAUUGAACCGCAAGUACAAGGGGACAUGAACGUGCCGCUUCGUGGUGGCUUGUCUCCCGGCGACAGCGGCUAUGCUUCGCCGGAGCCUCUGAGAGCGGAAAGACCAUGCAAUCGAUCUAGUGCACGAAAGGUUUCUUUCCGAGAAGGCAACGGAAUAGCUCGCCCAAGAUGCGAGGAUCUAGGAGGUGGAGAAGAGGAUGGCUGGCCAGAGGAUGAGUUUGAGGCGCCGGAACAUCCCCCAAGACGAGCGCGAACGUACAGGACCGUGGUGCCUGGGCAUCCGGAUUACAUAAUUCAAGUGAAGCCGCCGCCAGCGCCACCACCGCCAGAGUUUGGUUACACCUAAGAGGAAGAGACUUAUGACUGUUUGACAUACAUGUAAAGGUUGAGUAAAACGGUCGGGGCGUAAAAGUGUUCUUCUAGUUGUAUCAUAUCCUUCCAUAGCAAGCCUGCUUCUUCUGUUUUACUUUCUAAGGCGAGAGCAUCUUACCCAGUCUGAUAAAGUAGGCAUGUAAAAGAUAUUGUCACGCCGAGA